AUGGUGUUGAGGAGUUUUGCCCAGCUCGCCGGGGGAGUGGUCUGGGCUACGCUCAUUGUAUUGAGAUUCAUCCAGAAGCAAUUCAUUCACCCCCUGGCCGAGUGGUGGCUGGAAAGCGUGCUGGGCACAUAUGAAGAAAGUCUUAAGUCUGUUAUCAGGGAAGCAUUCAGCAAUUUGACCCGUUUCCUGAAUGGAUUCUUCGCCUCGGUCGUCGCGCUGUUCGUGGACAAAGAAUAUGCCAAUACGCUGCAAACGAACUACAGCCGUACUGCGGCUUGGCAGUCUUGGUGGGGUGAGAACAAGCAGAGUACCUUCAACGCCUUGAUCAGGCGGGACCAGGGCAGGCGCUCUUCCGAUGGCCGCCAAGGAGCAACAGCUGCUCCUCCAGCUCAGCAUGCAUCAACCGACAGGACAGUGGCUGCGCAUGCUAGCUGGAAGUGGUGGCGACCUGCAUCCAAGACCCCAAAGUGGGAGGAUCAGCCUGACAGCCGCGCGGCAACCACUGGAUUCUUUGGCCGAUGGUUUGGCGGUGGGAAGUCCCGUCAAAAAGCGCCCAUCCUGCGGCGGAGCGCCAGUGACCUCUUCGACAGGCCCAGCGGCUGGGCGGUGGAUGAGAAGACAAAGCGGCGCGGCUUCCUGGAGGACAUACGCAUGGGCUGCGAGCUCGGCGUGACAUCGGUGUUUGAGGCGGUGCGCCUCGUGGUGCGCCGCGUGCUGGCGCUGCCCUCGCGCAGCAGCUGGACACCCACGCCGCGCACCCCCACCGCCCGCCGCCGCACCCGCAGUGAGGACCCCGGCAUCUUCACCGAGGCGGCGUCCUGGGAGGACAUGGCGUCCCGGCCGCGGCCGACGCGCUUCCGGCGCAGCAACAGCUUCAGCAGCUGGGAGAGCCUGCAGAGCGUCAGCACUGCGGGCGACGUCAUCCGCCAGGCCGGCUACCCCCUGGAGGAGCACACCGUCACCACCUCCGACGGCUACGUGCUCCAAAUGGAGCGCAUGCCCCGCCGCGAUGCGCGGGACUGUGUCUUCUUCAUGCAUGGCAUCCUGGACACCUCCAUGGGCUGGGUCUCCAACGGCGUCACGGGCUCCCAGGCUUUUGCCGCCUACGACCAGGGCUUUGAUGUGUGGCUGGGCAACUCGCGCUCCAACCCGCCUCGCGUCCACAUAGAUUCGGCGCGCAUGGGGUCGACGUAUUGGCACUACACGGUGAAUGAGCUGGGCAUGGAGGACGUGGCGGCGCAGAUCGACCACCUCCACGUCGUCAAGUGCUCGGAGCUGCGCGGCGGCGCGGCCGGCCUCGUGGCAGGGCCCCUCGCGCACGGCUUCCAGCGCCAGGCAGCCGCCGACGCCGCCCUCUCCAAAGCCAACCUCCCCUUCGGCCGCAGCAUCUCUGGCAUGCGCGCGUCAGCCAGCGACACCGCGCUGGACAAGCUGGACGCAACCUCCAUCAGCGCACAGCGGUACCUGUCGCCCAACGACCCUCGCGGCGCCGUCGCCAUGGGCCCCACCGGCCGCUACAGCACGGCGUUCCCGGCCACGCCCCCACGCAGGAGAUCUGCCACGCGCGCCACGUCCCAGCCGCCCGCCACCAUCCCCGACCAGCGCAUCCGCGCCGCCGCCGCCCGCCCCGCCAUGUCUGCUCGCCUGCCGGAGGAGAAGCUGCUGGUGCCCACAAAAGCAGUGCCGCCUCUGAAAGCACACUCUCCAAUGCAGAACGGGCACCAUCCACCGCCCUCUGUCCCAUCCCACCCGCUGCCGCCUGCCCCAGAGUCUGACGUGGAGAGCGCCGGCUUUGCAUCACCCAGGGGCGUCAUGUCUCCAUUCGCGUCCCCUCCAUGCGGCUCAGACGAUGGCGGCGGCAGCUCGGCAGGCUACAUUACGCCUCCAGAGGCCCUGUCGCCGCCCAGUCGCAACUCCUGCAGCCCCAACGGCAAGAGACACUCGGCCGACAGCUUCCUGGUGCAGCGCAGCCCAGCCUCCCUGCCCACCUUCUCCUCCCCGGGCGCCCGCACCCCUGCAGAAAUCCUGAUGCUCGAGACAGAGGCGCUGAAACAGAGCCUGGAAGACCUGCAGCCUUCCACAAGCGGCAGAAGCCCUGCAACGCCCACCAAAGGUGGGCCAAAGGCGUCGCCGGCGAAGAAGGAGGCGGGGCUGCAGCGGCUGAGCGAGGUGAUGGAGAUGGGCCACGACCUGAACAUGGACGGGGCCAAGGCCAAGAUGGCGCAGCAGCUGGAGCAGGGCGACAGCAUGCUCACCCCCGACGUGUCCUCCUCCAAGGGAGUCGAGCGCCAGGGCGAGCUGCCCGCCAACCUCACCUCCGCCCAGAAGAGGCACGCGCACACAAAACCCUUCCUGGAGGCUCGGCGGCGCGACAGGCGGGUGCACAUGAUGGAGCACAGCGGGGGGGUCCCGGAGCCGUACCGGCUGCGCGCGGUGGCGCACUCUCUGGGCGGCGCGUCGCUGCUGGUCUACGCCGUCAUGUGCCGGCGCCUGGGCCGCCCCCACCACCUUUACCGCAUCAUCCUGCUCACCCCCGCCGGCUUCCUCGAAAAAAUCCCUCUGGUGGCGUACCCGUUCCUGUGGUCCACGCCGUGGGUGCUGUGGCUGCUGGCGCGGCUGCGGCCGGGCACGGGCGCGGCGGUGCUGAUCCCCUCCUCGCUGCUGCGCUACCUGACCUUCAAGCUGACGUGGGACCUGCAGCAGAUCCCCGCGCUGCACGAGCUGGCGCGCGCUGCGCUGCGGCUGCUGCUCAACGGCGACACCUCCCAGUCGGGGCGCUUCCAGCUGUACGACUUUGGCAGCGCGGCCGCAAACCGCGCGCACUACGGAUCGGCCGAGCCGCCCGACAUCGCCGCCAACUACGGCCGCCUGGACAUCCCCGUCGACAUCAUGGCCGGGCGGUCUGAUGGAGUCAUCGCGCGAGAGAAUGUGGUGAAGCACUACGACUGCAUGCACAGCGCCGGCUGUGACGUCACCUACAAGGAGUUUGAGUCCUUCGGCCACCUCGAUUUUGUCUUCGCUGUCAAGGACGACCUGCGCCACUAUGUCCUCUCGCGCCUGCUCAUGCGCCACUGA